GCGGGCGGGGGGCGGCGUCCUGGCCAUGGCCGGCCUGUCGGACCUGGAGCUGCGGCGGGAGCUGCAGGCCCUGGGCUUCCAGCCAGGACCCAUCACCGAUACCACCCGGGACUUGUACCGCAACAAGCUGCGCAGCUUGCGGGGCGAGGCCCGGCUGCGCGGCGAGGAGCGGCUGCGGGAGGAGGCCCGCCCGCGGGGCCAGGAACGGCUGCGGGAAGAGGCCCGGCUGCGCGAGGAGGCGCCGCUGCGCGUCCGGCCCGCCGCGACCUCCCUUCGGGCGGAGCCCUGGUUCUCCUCGCCGGCCUCAGGCUCGACCCACGCGACCUCUGGGGCCUAUGGCGACCACGGGGCCUCCGCGGCUUCUUGGUCCGGGAGCCGCGGCCUCGCCUACUCCGCCCGCCCUGUGCCCCUCAGGCGUCGCGCCUCGGUCCGGGGCAGCUCCGAGGAGGACGAGGACGUCCGGCCACUCGACAGGGCCCCGCCGGGCUCCGCGGCCCGGCGCUGGUGGGCCUCGACGGGCGCGGCGCGGGCCCGGCCCCAAGUGGGACGGCGGCUGGAGCGCUGCCUGUCCCGGCUCCUGCUCUGGGCCAGCCUGGGGCUGCUGCUCGUCUUCCUGGGCAUCCUCUGGGUGAAGAUGGGCAAGCCCUCGGCGCCGCAGGAGGCGGAGGACAACAUGAAAUUAUUGCCAGUGGACUGUGAGAGGAAAACAGACGAGUUCUGUCAGGCCAAGCAGAAGGCGGCCUUGCUGGAGCUGCUGCACGAACUGUACAACUUCCUGGCCAUUCAAGCGGGUAAUUUUGACUGUGGAAAUCCAGAGAAGCUAAAAAGCAAAUGCAUUCCUGUAAUGGAAGCCCAGGAAUACAUAGCAAAUGUGACUGGCAGCUCCGCCAAGUUUGAAUCUGCACUGACCUGGAUACUGAGCAGUAACAAGGACGUGGGCAUCUGGUUGAAAGGGGAAGACCCUUCAGAACUGGUGACAACCGUGGACAAGGUGGUGUGCCUGGAAUCUGCCCGCCCUCGCAUGGGCGUUGGCUGCCGCCUUCGCCGCGCCCUGCUCACCGCUGUCACCCACGUGCUUAUCUUCUUCUGGUGCUUGGCUUUCUUGUGGGGGCUACUGAUCCUGCUGAAGUAUCGGUGGCGGAAGUUGGAAGAGGAGGAACAGGCCAUGUAUGAGAUGGUGAAGAAGAUUAUAGACGUGGUCCAGGACCACUACGUGGACUGGGAGCAGGACAUGGAGCGCUACCCCUACGUGGGCAUCCUGCACGUGCGCGACACCCUGAUCCCGCCGCAGAGUCGGAGGCGCAUGAAGCGGGUCUGGGACCGAGCCGUGGAGUUCCUGGCCUCCAACGAAUCCCGGAUCCAGACGGAGUCGCACCGCGUGGCUGGCGAAGACAUGCUGGUGUGGAGAUGGACUAAGCCCUCUUCCUUCUCUGACUCAGAGCGAUAAACCCCAGGUGGGGCCAGUUCCCAUCAGUGCUCCAGGGGCGUGCGAGCGCCGCCAAAUCCGCCGGUGCUGAGUUCACACUUGCCUUGACUUUCACCCUCCUCCAGCCCUGGUCCAGAGUCUCACUAUAGGACUCUUCAGAGUUAGCUCAGUAGGAAAAUGCAGGCUUUCCUGAAGGGUGGAGGGGAGAAACCAGAGGUCAGGUGGGCUGCUCCUUCUCUGCAUUGGUCUCAUCCUUUUUGCCCCAUUUUGUUGGCAAAAAAAUAAAAUAAAAAGGGGGGGGUUUGGUUUUCAUGAAUAAAAAAAGAUAAACGAGCAGUGGCUUUGAGACCCCACAGAGAAGUGAGUUGGGCGGACUGGAGCUAGCCCCGCUCAGUGUGCCGGGCAGCGAGGUGGCACAGCACCUGCAGGAGGCGAGUCUGGGGACAGCGGGUGGGGUGGCGGGGUCGGGCCGCUCGUCCAUGUGCCUUCAGAGGGUCUUACCUAGGAGCGCAAGGGUAAGAGGAGAAAGCCUGUCCUCUGGCUGGAAUGGGAGGGAGAAGAUACUAGAAAUUAGAACAUGUACUUUAGGAGCAGUGUCUAGAAAUGCCAAGCCCUGGCAUGAGGGCCUUCAGGUCAGGAGGAGUGAGCUGCUGGUAUGCCUCGGGGAGGAAGCCAGGGUAGGCACAGGCCUGUGAGCAGAGGAGGUUCGAGCCGCCACCAGUCAUUGCCACCGCUGCUGCCCUACCCUAGGUAACCUCCUGGGGCUGGGCCUCCAUUGGCACUUCUCUCAGAAGACAGCCUCAGACCAGACCUGCAGUCAAGGUGCCGCAACAAGCUGAGAAUGUAAUUCCAGGACCUUGGGCAUCUUGCUCUUGUGGUGAAGAUAACCUUGUUUUCCGUGAAUAUCACUUUGUUUACAAGGACGGACGACCACCGCAGCCUCCCUGGUGGGGCUGUUGAACCAGAAGUUCCAGCACAGCCCUGGUGUCUGUGUGGGUGAGGCACGUUGGCCACACCGCCGCCCCCUGCUGGCCGCCCGGUGCAUGCCGGCGCCGCUACCCCAGACCACUGGGCCUGGAGUCUGCCCGCCGGGCGGGAGCAGCUCCAGAGGCAGCCUGGCGGGGAGCCUUAUUAGUUAAGUGUGAGGCGCCUCUCCAGCACAGUCUCAUCCCAUAUGUUCUCAUCUGUGGCAGGCAGGAGAGGGCCAGGAGAAACGAAGCAGCUGCCUCCAAAAGGCAUUAAGCAUCCCUGUCUGGUCUGUUGGUAUUUUUGUUUCCGUAAUAACGCUCCAGUCUCCCUCAUCUGAGCAAUACUCCCUCGUUUCCUCUGAUGUCUGGGUAAUGGGCGAGGCUGGAAUCCGAGCACUGGCCCUGGGGCAAAGAAACUCUCAUAGUCAGGCUCUGGCCAGAAUAAGAAACUGCAGCAACCUGCUUCAGUAUCAGGGUCAAAACUUAGAUAAAUAAACAUAUUUAUUAA